AUACACAGAUAUAAAUAUAUAUAUAUAUAUACAUAAAUAUAUAUAAACACGUGUGUGUAUAUGUUUUAAAGUCCCUCCGGAGUAAAUUAAAAAUUUUCCCAACAUGGCUCGACGCACUAAUUCAGUCCGUGUAAGACGAAGGCAGUCAGAUGCAAAAUGGCGUGCGAGUGUUGCCAAUGGAUACAACACAUUGAAAAUGAUAACAGAUGCUUCAAAUAAGAAAAAGUCCAAGAAGAAAUACUCAAAGGCCCAUAUACUUCAAGAAACUGUCAAUCACAUCAACUUCUUGGAAUCCAUUUUAGCAAAUUUCCUAUCAGAAAAAAAGAAAUUUGUUGACAGUGGUUUACUUCCAGAGACAAGUAAUAUUUUAUCUGAUAUCAAUGAGGUCAGGAAUGAAUUUUCAGCAAAGCAAGCUGGAAUAUUUUCAAGUAGUUCGACGAUGAGGAAAUGUAAUUUUUUAGAUGAUCUUUUAAAUGAAAUAUUUGAAUUGGAUAAUCAAGUUUCACCAGUAACUGGAUGUUUUGAUUUAUCUCAAAGUGCCUCAGAAACACAGGAAAAACAAAUCUCUUCAACCGUAGCAUCUGAAGAAACUGAGGUCCCAAAUAUUACUGGAAGCAACUAUCCAUUUUGGCCAAGCAAGAAUCCUAAAUGCUUUGCAAAUGAAGAAGAGAUUCAGAUAAUUUCACCUGUCAAAAAGAAGAAAUUUGAUGAGUUGUUAAAUCAGAAAUUUUGUUAUGGAUCUAAUAAUAAUAAUAAUAAUAAUAGUUAUAGCACACCCAAAGAAGAUGACAAAUUCCUUAAAAAAUAUGAUCCUUUUAUAGGGAAAGAGUUAAUGCCAAUUAUAAAAAAAGAGUCUACUUUUUCCCACCCAUCCAGUUCUGAUAUCUUACAAUUUUCCACAUUUGAGACCCCUAAAAAGAAGCUUGACAUUUCUGGAAAGAAAGAUCAAGACAACUUUACAAUCUCCGGAAGCCAUUUCCAAUUAAGACAGCUGUCUUGUGGAACUUCUACAUUCACUCCUUUAAAGAGCCCUCCCAUUUUUGAUUUGGGAUUAUCACCAAUAACAACUCCCUGCAUAAAACAACUUAAUAACUAUUUGCCUUGUGGUCUUUAUGUGCCAAGUCCUGAUAAUGAUACCAAUAAAUAUCUGAUUUGCAAUGAAAAUAUCAAUGAAAUGGAUAAAGUUACUUCAAGCUCUGUUACAAAACUGAAUACUUCCAGAAACAUUAAACAUGGAACAACUUGCAGAAAAAGACUGGAUAAAUUUUUUACUGAAUCAAAGCAGGAAUCAUCUCCAUUGCCUCCUGAUAAUUACUUAAAUAAGAGCACAGACAGUCUAGACUUUGAUGGUUAUUUCUUCUUUUACAAACAAAUAGUUGAAGAAAUGAAACACCGACCAUUUGAACAACGAUUAGAUGACAUGGACAUAGCCUCUAAAGUGUCCAAAAUGUGGCGUGGUUUAUCUGCUGAACAAAAGAAGACCUUAGUGACACUUGCUGCUUUGGAGAAGAAUGAUGCUCAGUGCAGUAAACUGACUGAUGACCUGCAAAAUGUUGAUGUGAAGAAAGUAAUUGAUAUUGAUGAUAUUGAUGAUGCUCAACUUUUUAGCAGAAAUACAGGAAAUGGCUUCCAGAUUGUUCCUGAAAUGAAUUUGCGACACUCAAAAGACGAAGGUUUCCUAACAACAACAACAUUCCCAAGAGACUUCAACCAAAAUUACUCUCAUUGUGAAGUCCCAGAAUAUAAUCCGUGUAAGAUUUUCCAAAAUCCAUCUUUGACAGCUUUGAAUUGGUCGAGCAACCAUUGUACUUGGAAGGCUAAUAUCAACAACCAAUCAACUCAUUACUCCUCAAUUUGUUCCUCACAUAGAAUGGAGUUUGACAAUGAAAGUGAACUUGUGCCCACCUGGGGUGAAGAAGUAUAACUCCAAGGUGUACUUCAGGUGGUCAUGGAAAUUGAAAGGAAAAAAAAAAGAAGAAAAGAUAUUGUUUGUUUUUUUGUUUGGAUUCAUUGAUUGUUAUUUUAAAUCAGAAAUACUUUAUAGAUUCAUAGAUCUGAUAUUUAUAAAUUGAUAUAUAUAUAUGUGUGCAUAUGUAUAAUAUUAUAUAUGUAUUUAUAUUUAUAGACAUAUAAGUACAAUGUAUUAUAUUUAUUGACAGAUACUUGAGCAGUAACCAUAAAAAAUGUGGGGAUUAUGCAAGUGAGAAAUUUAGAAAAAUUUCCCUAUAGAUCUUGCGUUUCCUGUCACAUGAUGGGAGGGGGAUUAAUACAGUAACUUCUUCAGUCACAGUCACCAUACAUUCUUACUCUCUCUCUCUCUCUCUCUCUCUCUCACACACACACACACAUGCACACACACCACUAUACUGACAUAUACAUAUAUAUAAUAAUAAUAAUAAUAAUAAUAAUGAAAUUAUUGUGUAUAGUGCUCAGGUGCACUACAACUCGUCAAAGGUGUUAUGUACAGUAGAUAGAAUUAUGUACAAAAGUCAGGAAAGUGAGCAGUGUAUGAGUCAUGAUAUACAGGUGUGCAUGCAUAUGGUGGGGGGAGGGGUAUCAGGUGUAGUGUUGGCGAAUUUUCAGAAAUGAUGGAAGUUUUAAAGGAUGCAAUGUCUCACCAACCAACAACUGAUGCAGGUAGUUUGUUCCAUGCUUCAGCAACUCUGAGUGUGAAAAAAAAUGUUUAUGAAAGUCAUGGAAGCUAUAUAUGCACACUACAUAUAUAGAUAUACACAUACACAGAUACAUACACAUACAGAUACACAUGAGUCAAUACUGUACCUGAUAAAAAAAGUAUGGUUAUGUUAGAACUUUUAACUGAUUUAAAAAUGAUUUAACACAGUUUGUGUGUGUGUGUGUGUGUGUGUUUUACAGAACAACUCUAAUCAGGUAUUGCAUAUUAGCAUAUUAUAUUAGUUAUUUUGAUACCUAGAAACUAGGGUUACAGCUGAUAUGUAAUAAUCAAUAAGAAUCAUUUAAAGAUCAAUAACAUAUGUAACUAUUACCCAGUCUUUUUUUUUUUUGUUUUUUCCUAACAGCUGUUUUUAUUAAACCAUUCUUAUCUGAAUAUUUUAGAUUUUUUUAUCUAUUUUUUAAAAGUAUCAUAUCAAGUCAUUAAAAUGUGUUAAUGUAUCGGUAAUUAAUUAGUAAUUAUCAAAAUGUUACUAUGAUUAGAUGUGUGGUUGAUAUGACUGAAACACUUGUCUAUCAAACUAAAUCCUUUACAUUACGUCCACUGAGGUUAGCUUUACCUUUCAUCACUCAGUGAAUCAGUGAGAUUACAGAAAAUGCCAGUUACAUACUGAGGUCAAUUUAGUCUAACAUGGCUCUUUUCUUUAUGAAAGAUAUAUUUUUUUAAAGACUUUGUAUCUAAUCAAAGGAAAUAAUAUAAUUUUUAAAAUUAUUUAAGCUUGGUUUAAAUAGUACGGAUAACAGGAGAGAGCAGGCUAGAUGAUAUUUAGUUUAAUGGCUUAAGUUAAGUCCUUCCAGAAAUUCAUUCGAUUUUCACUUAGCUGAAGUUGA